AUCACUAGUUCGCUUUGUUUAUAUCGAAGGCUAAGUAUCGUUUACACAUCCUCGACACAUUCAAUUUUCUGGGAUCGGACUACGACAAUGUCCUCCUGGUCACCGGAAACAAUCAUUGCACUCGUCACACUAAUUGCUACUGCUCCUUCAUCGUUACUUGUGUUUUACGACUUUUACCUUCGUCAUUAUGGCCGCCGUCACUCCUCUCCGCAGCUCCACCACAUCGAUUCAGUUCCCAACCUCUCAAGAUCUGUCAACUCUAGUACACAGCAUGUCGCCCCGUCGGACUUGAUCACGCAUCUACCAACUGACGCACAAUUUUAUUACUUUCGAGACAUUGAUGUACAAAUGCAUAUCCGGCAGUUGGACGCACAUGUUGAGCGUUCUUAGGAUCGAUUGACUUGGAAAAUCGCAAUGUGUCGAGAAACGUGAAAGAUGAUGGAUUCCCUUAUCUAAUUGGAGAAUGACCUCAUGGCACUUUCUGCAGCUGAGCCACGGGGGCAGUGGCUGAGCAGCCAAUCAGGUGCCGACAGGCCCUCUGACACAACUUGGAAUGCUCGCGACUGAGUCUUGGGACAUACUGAUAUACCUCUUUUUUUCCAUCUCUUAUUUCUUAUUGUUUAUUAUUUUCGGGUUUGAUUACAGGUCACUGAUAGAAAGGAUAUAUACUGGUAAUACUGCAUUGGCUUGGAUUUUUGGGCUGUCGGUCGGGUGUGGCGUCAUGUGGACGGGAAGGUCAUUACAUAUGUCUAACAGAUAUGAACGCAUGGUGUAAAGGUUAACAUGGGAGUAGGAUUUGUAUCAUCUUAGACUGUUUG